CAAAAAGUUGAACACAAGCAGCAGCUGAAACAGGAACGAUGAUGCACAGAUCUGAACGUAAACAGAACUUGAUAAAAGCACGAAAGCUCAGAGAGGCGCAAGCACGUAGAAAUAGGAAGGACAUACUGGCGAAAGAAGGAGGGAGGAGAGGCGUGCAGGAAGCGCUACUGUCAGUUGGAUUGGUGUUUUGUCGCGGCGCGCCGAGUGAUCAUUUGAAAAGGAAGGACCACCUCUGUUCACCAUAUUUGGCAAACUUUCCCUAAUAUGGUAACGUCUACUUCUAAAUAUGGCAGCCGGGGACGCCCUCUCGCCGAUUCUUGUACCACUCCGCGCGAUCUUUCAGUGACAAAUUUUCGGAUACGGAAGCCGCGCAAAAGAUGUUUGCCAGGUGAUCGAUGUCCACGGUAACGGGCUUGAUUUUUCGACGAAGAAAUUUUCCAGGAUCUUUCGCCAGGUAACCGUGCUCGGAUAGAGUGGACUAGUUUUCGACAGCGCACGCGACCAUCGGUGGGGGUACCGGCUGCGCUGGAACGCACGGAGGCACCGCGUUAGCACGUAGGUCAAGUUACGAUACUCGGCGCGCAUUCAGUUCGCGGGGAGCGCUCGUGCAGUGCGCGUUGUUGUCCCGUGUUCCUCUAGAUGGUUGAUCACGUGGGAAACAUUGCGCCGAGUUUUCGCGAUUCCGUGGCGGAGAAGGGCCGAGGGAAAGGGAAUAAAUGUGCGCGGGUCCGUAAUGGACAACCCUAGCGGCGCAAGAGACAGUCGAUACGCAAACCUUGGCUACAGCAUGGGGAUGAUAGGCAGCGACGCUGGCUCGGAAAUGUACGGCCGACCGUCCACCUCCCAGCUAACAACUUCUCAAAUAAGCCGCAAUAGCGCCACCAUGAUGGCUGCGGCGGCCGCUGCGGGCGCACCGAAUGCCGGCGUGGGAUCCGUUCAGAGAGGUAUCAAGAGGACCACCUCGGACGUAUGCUACGAUGACAGCAACGCCCGGCAAGCGCUUUCGCAACAGCAGGGCAUGUCGAUGUCCGCUGACUGCGUCCCCGACAAUCUCGAGGAAUCGUUCACCAGUUUGGGCCAGCCGAAAAAGUCACCCCCAUCGAACGGGAAGAAGACCAAGGGACGGGUCAAGAUUAAAAUGGAAUACAUCGAUAACAAGCUACGGAGGUACACCACGUUCUCUAAGAGAAAAACCGGAAUCAUGAAGAAGGCGUACGAGUUGUCGACGCUGACAGGUACACAGGUGAUGCUGCUGGUAGCGAGCGAGACCGGGCAUGUGUACACGUUCGCGACACGAAAACUGCAGCCGAUGAUAACGAGCGAGGCCGGGAAGGCGUUGAUCCAGACCUGCUUGAACAGCCCGGACCCGCCCGCCUCAGGUUCCUCCGGCGACCAGAGGAUGUCCGCGACGGGUUUCGAGGAGACCGAACUGACCUACAACAUAGCCGACGACGAGCAGAAAGAAGACGGAACCUCGCCCAGGUCGGACGUCUGUGCCAACGAAAGCGACGGAGACACCAGCGACGGCGAUUCUCCCGUCUCGAAGGAUCUCUCAAAAAAUCAUUCAGGUAUAAUGUACCAGAUGCCACAGACAGUGAUUUACUCGCCAGGCCCGGGAGUCCUACUUGGCAUAGGGCAAAAUGGUCAGCCGGUGCAAAUCUCUCAAGAAGGAGGCACGGUAACCCCGGUCAGCACCAGUCAGAGUAAUCAGCCGUUUAUCACGAUACCGUUGAACGUAGCGAUGAACGCCGCCGGUCUGUCGCUUCCGGUCACAUCCAGGAUGAAUCUGUCGCCGACACCACGAUCCCCGACGACGACGACGACAACGACAACUGUCGCGUCCAACUGCGAGCUGCCAUCGGACCUGAGCAAAGAUCGCGAGUGAUAACAAUCGCGGAUCCUUUGAGAAAAGUCUUUCCGAUGCGGCGAGGUCUUCGUCCGACGGAUCUGGACGGAAGGGAGCUAGCGUGAAUCCAUGCACAAACGGGAAAAUCACCUGCGAGACGUCCUCAUUACUGAUCGGGUGAUCAUUUCAAUUAUUAAUUCGUGACGAUUGAGAGGAACGGAUGACUUAUUAUGUCACAGUUCUAUGUGUAUGCGAGAUGCUCGCCUUUUCAGCCGCUUGAGAUUCCUAACGCCGGGUCGAUUUUUAUUGUCCCAUGUUUUCAAGUGCCUGAUGUAUCGAACAUUCGUUAAAUAAGAUCCUAUUUAAAUUGGGACGUGUGUCAGACCCAUGGAUUAUCGACCACUCGGAAUUCUCUAAAAGCGUUGAUUUUUAUUGUCUCAUAUAAUAUUAUAUACAUAUCGAGUGGUAUUCAAGCGGCUGACGAUUCGAGCAUUUUUCUAUAACGUUUUAAUUUAAGAUAAUACCGAUACUCACUGGUAAAAUAUCUUAAUCAUCGAUUUACGUUGGCACAUAGCCAAUCAUACUUUUUUUGAAGAGUGUCAUUUUUUAAUGCACAUAUAUAUAUACAUACAAUGUAUAUAUGCGACGUGUCAAUGUGGACAUUCUUCGUUUCCCUUUAAAGAAAUUUUUAUAUAGUUUAUGAACAGUACUUAAAGUUAUUUUAUUAGCAAACAUUUAUUGCACAGUUUGCAUCUUAUUAUCGUUGUAAUGAAACGUUAAUCACGUUUAAGUAUUUUUGUAAGCCACUCCAGAUACUCAAGAGAUUAUGAAUAGAAUAGAUACUUGAAAACAUUUUUUCAACCCUGUUUAAGUUCUCUGCGGCGUUUCAUAACGCGUAAAUCGCAUCGUUCGGAUGGUUCGCAAUUUACCAGUGGACAUCGGUACGCUUUUCGUCGACGCCGUGCUCCGUUGCCCGGCGUUUAAUCGACAUUUGUGCAAUACUAGUCGAACGUUUUGCCCGACGAACGUUUCGCGAAGCAACUUUUUACACUGUCCU